UAGAUGUCGACACUUCCCCGUGCGUGUGGCGUUCGAUUGUGACUGAUACGGUGUGCUGCUUCUCCGGAGUGCCAGAAAAUGCAAGGUGUGUUUGCAUUUGUCACCUGCGUGUUGUGCGUUGCCGCUCCAGGUGUGUUAGCGGAAGAAGAAAGCGACCUGCUGAGCUGCCCAGCUGACCUAUCAGCUGAACCAUUGUCACCGGGCCGCGACAUGGCUUCGGGGGAAAAUUGGAAGGAUGCCUGCUCCGUCUACGAUUUCACCGCGGAAGAUAUCAAGGGCAUGAACGUCUCUCUUAGAAAAUACGCCGGUCAUGUUGUACUGAUAGUGAAUGUUGCCUCUCGAUGUGGAUUCACUGACUCCAACUACAGGCAGCUACAGGCACUGCAUGACAAGUACGCUUCCAACGAUCCACCUCUGAGCAUCCUGGCAUUUCCCUGCAACCAGUUCGGGAGUCAGGAACCUGGGAGCAACGCGGAAAUAGAGGAUUUCUGCAAGUCGACGUAUGAUGUUAAGUUCAACAUGUUCGCCAAAGUGGACGUGAACGGCGACGGCGCUCACCCCCUUUGGAAGUUUCUCAAGCAUCGGCAAAGGGGCACCUUAGGCGACGAAAUCAAAUGGAACUUUACCAAAUUCCUUGUCAACAAGUCCGGGCAGCCUGUAGGUAGAUACUCGCCAACGACAGCGCCCAGUGCUAUUGAAAAUGACAUCAAGAAGCUGCUUGCUGGUUCUUCGCAACUCUGAACUCGCACUGGGGCAUGUGACACUUCAUAAAGCUGAAGCACUGUUCUAGUGCGUUAAUGUCAUGAAGCGAGGCUUGUUACCUGUGGACUGAGAGAGAUAGAGAACGAUAGUUUCUCCUUUUUGUAGCUGUCUUUGCUGUCAGUGCUUGGACACACGAGUUGUGGUGGUUGCGGCAUUUUCUGUGCUUCUUGCAUAAAGGCCACAAAGAAAUUAGUAGUCA